UCUCCGCUCGCUCGCUGCGCGCACAGCGACACGAGGCGCUGGCCAGAGGCAGAUCCCCGCGCGCUGAGCGGGCGCCGCUCCGUCGGAAAGUCGAAAGCGAAGCACCUGGAGCCGGAUUCUCGCGGGCUGGGAUUGUCCUGACGGUCCUUGCGGCAACAGCGCCAAGAUGCCCAGGGCAUCCCUUCUGUAGGAAAGAAAAAGAUUUUAUUUUUGGAGCCAGCUCCAAUGAUGUACACCUCGAGCUGGGGUUUCAAAGCCCUUUCCCUAAUGAUACUAUGCAGAUUAACACAAGUUUCUCCGGCUGAAGAAAAGGGUGAAAUUCUUCCUCCAACCAUACAGAAAAUAAUGAAAGGAUAUAACAAGUAUCUGCGACCAUUUUUUGACAAUGGUCCUGUCUCCGUAGGAAUGAGUAUGGAUAUAGCAAGCAUUGACACAAUAUCGGAAAUAAACAUGGAUUACACAGCUACCAUAUUCCUAAGACAACGAUGGACUGAUGAACGCCUUUGUUUUGAGGGUAACAAGAGCUUAAGCUUAGAUGGCCGCCUUGUGGAGAUGCUUUGGGUACCAGACACCUUUAUAGUGGACUCAAAAAAGUCUUUUCUUCAUGAUAUCACAGUUGAAAACCGUCUAAUAAGAAUAUAUCCCAAUGGAACAGUCCUUUAUGCCAUAAGGAUAACUACAACAGUUGCCUGUAGUAUGGAUUUGACUAAAUACCCUAUGGACAAACAGACGUGCACCUUGCAACUGGAAAGCUGGGGUUAUAACAUAAAUGAUGUCAUGUUUUACUGGACAAGGGGAAAUGAUUCUGUUAAAGGCUUAGAAACCCUUCGAUUGGCACAAUACACAGUAGAAGACCACUAUACCUCUAGUUCUGAAGCUGUCUAUGAAACAGGGCACUAUCCAAAGUUAGUCUUCCAUUUUGAGCUCAAGAGGAACAUUCUGUAUUUUAUCCUUGAAACAUAUGUACCAUCCAGCUUGCUGGUUGUCCUCUCCUGGGUGUCAUUCUGGAUAAGCCAGUCCUCAGUGCCAGCCAGAAUCUGCAUAGGUGUUACAACUGUGCUCACCAUGACAACUCUUAUGAUGGGAGCCAGGACAUCACUUCCUAAUGCUAAUUGCUUCAUCAAGGCAAUUGAUGUCUACCUGGGUAUUUGCUUUAGUUUUAUCUUUGGCGCAUUACUGGAGUACGCAGUAGCUCACUUCUGCACCCUUAAUCGAUCUGGAAUGAAGAAACUCACAAAGGAGGAGGAUGACGAGGCUGAAGAGGAGAUCAAUGGAGUUCUGUCAGCAAUUGCCAACAGUUGCAAGGCUGAUAAGAUUAACAAGGCUGAGGCAGACAAGCUCACCAAAGCCUCUAGAGGCAGAAAAGAGGAGAAAAGCAAACACAGCCGGUGUCACUCACCAAUGGCAGUGAUGAAGAGACUCUUCUGUAUAUUUGACUGCUUUCAUGUUAAAAACCCAUACCACAUAGACAAUUAUGCCCGACUUUCCUUCCCAUUAUCAUUUAUCAUAAUAAAUGUUUUUUACUGGGUUUAUUAUUUGUAUUUCUAAGCUUUUGAAAACCUCUCAUGGAAUAGUGUGGCAAGUGUAGCAAAGGGGAAUAGGUGCACAGAGUUAUGUCAGGGAAAAGAUUUUACUCUGCAGGGCAUUACAAUAUCAAAAGAAGACUGUCAUUUUAUUGAGUAGUUUUUCUGUUGAGUUUCUGGUUAAAUUACUGUCCACCUGUUAAGACUACUGUAGUAUAAAAAUCUAUUGCUGGUCAUCUGUUAAAUGAUUGUAUUUUUUAAAUUGACCUCAUUUUUAGCAUGCAUUUUCCUAUUGUUCGUAACAUUUACUGAAUGGCACAACACUUUUUUUAACUACCUGUAAAGCUUUGUAAAAUUGAAAUUGGCAUAACACUAGUGUGAGGCUGUGAUGAUUAAUAUGUUUGAAAAUUAAAACAAGAAGGAAGCAUUAUCCUGCCCCAAUG